GGACGUUUGUCUCGGCCUUCGCCGUGCUGUGUGGAGCCCGCACCGACCUCCCGGACAGGCACGUAUGCUGUGUCUUCUGGCUCAACAUCGCAGCAGCCUUCAUCCAGACCCUCACGGCCAUCGUCAUGGUGGGCUGGAUCAUGAGCAUCUUCUGGGGCAUGGACAUGGUCAUCCUGGCCAUUUCCCAAGGCUACAAGGAGCAGGGCAUCCCACAGCAGCUGUGA